AUGGAGUCCAAUGACGAUGUCCCGCCGCUCGUUGAACGUGCUCCGGAAUUCGUCUUUGUUAGUGAGCAGGACCAGAGCAGCGUCCGCAGCCAUGCCAUGCGCGAGCACUGGAAGCAACGGCACCACUCCCGGGAGCUCAAGAGGCGAAAGUCGCUGUCGCAGGUUCACCGGCCGCUGCGUCCAAACACGGGCCACAAAAGCUCUGGAUCGAUCUCGGCAACGAGUCGAACAUCGCAUUCCUCAUCAGCCUCGCCGACCAAGCCCUCUACUCCACCAAAGGCAGGCGCGGCAUCCAAGGACGCACAAAUCUCGGCAUCCGGCAUCCUGGGAGGGCUAUUCUCAGCAUUGGGUAGUGGCGUGAUGCUGAACGGUGGCGGUAUCCCUGCGCAGCUGCUCGAGGGCGUCAAUCGCGCGCUCGCGUGCAGCCAGCUUGACCCUUUUGACGCUUUUCCAGUUCGAUUGACUUCGGAGCACCAUAAACUUCUCCAUCAUUGGCUGAGCAAAUAUGCGGCAAUGAUGUUUGAAGACUUGCCGUCAUCUACAUUCAACCCAAUGCGCGACGUCUGGUUCCCUUUGGAUUUAUCAAAUGCAGCCUCUUUCAACGCCGUCAUGGCCCAUUCCGCAGCUCAUCUCGCACAUGUACAAGGCAUCCGCGACUCUGAAGAGGCUCUCAAGUUCAAAAUGGAAGCGGUACGCAUAGUGACCCUGUGGAUGAGCGACUCAGAGCGCGCUCUUAGCGAUGAUGCUUUCGCGGCAGUUCUACGGUUGUUGACAUAUGAGAGAUAUUGGGGCACUGAAACGGAAUGGAAGAUUCAUCGAUACGGAUUAUCAAAAAUGGUGGCCGCUCGUGGUGGCAUCACCGCCCUGGAAGGGAACUGGAGACUGGAGCUGGCUAUCUUUCUCGUCCUACUCAUGUCAAAGCCAACUUGGUUCGAUACCACCAACCACAUAUGGGAGCUUUCAAAAACAGACGCGAGCGAACCCGAGCACCCAAUACUGGGGCACGCUGAAAAUGUCUUGAAAGUUCGCAGUCUGUGGUUGAUAUCAUUCAUUCAAGAUUUACGCACUUUCAUGGACACUCCAUCAGCACGUUUGACGCAGUAUCCUAGCAUACAAGCCGCAAUGGCGAUUCUUGUCGCCGAUUUCCGACAAUCUGCGCAAAAUGCGCCACUCCGAAGCAACGAUGUUUUCACUACGCACGAAUUCUCACGUGUCGCUUGCAUAUUCUUUAUCUGCGUGCUCCUACAGUCUGUCUCGCAGCCAUCGACCCCGUCCCCGGGCGGUUGGGACUCGAUGUUCAGCGACGCCGCUGAAAGUGCGGACAGUCUCCUCAUUAUUGACACUCUUUUGUCAGAGUCGAGCAACAUAUGGCAAACGGCCGGGCCAGAGGCACUAUACGGCACGCUAUUCCAUGGCGUCUACGACUUGCCGGACAAGGCGAAGAAGAUGGAAUACGUCCUGAACCUAACCAGUGUUCUUGGCCAGACGAGCAGCGAAGCUCGACGCGGCGUCUCCAAGUGCCUACUGCAUAUUCUGUACCCAAACCAAGCAAACCCGAGUAUGGUAUAUCGUGGGGACAACUGGACGCCCGAUUCCCUGCUUUCGUCGAUUCAUGGUCUCUAG